ACUCUUUCUCUAUUGCAUAUUGUGCUUUUUCCUGUAGGCAAGUAUUUAUUCUGUGCAUUCAACAUUUUACUUUGAGCUGGAUAGUGCUCAACGCAGUUAUUUUCCCUGCAUACGGUACAUACCGUGUGAUCUGAUUAUUGGAAGAUACAUUGCCUGAGUCGGAUAGCAAGGGAUUUUGAGAUUUUUGACUUUCGAAGGAGAUCGGUGUCCUUGGAUAUAUCUUUCGGGGGAAGGGAAGGUGUAUCUUUUUGCGCGACGAGUACGGAUAUACACCACCUACGUACAUACAUACGCCUACCAUAAAGAUACCGUACGGGAUGCGCCAAAGUGGCUUUGGAAAACUUCAGAAGAGGGUUAUGGGGCGGUGGUCUGAUAGUUUGCAUCCUCAACCUGAUGAUGCGUAUUUGAGCUAUCAUGAUGUGAGAUUAAUGCGGGAGGAUAUUCAAACCUUGAAAAAUGACUGGUUAACGGAUAACGUAAUAUCAUUCUGGGAAGAAUACCUCGAACACGAAUACCUAUCCAAACUCACACAUGCAAACAUCAUCCUCCUCCGUCCAAGCAUGUCAUUCAUGCUCCUGCAAACCCCCGACCCACGAACCCUCCGCGACGCCCUCCCGGACUUCUCAAAAGCAACCCACGUCUUCCUUCCCAUAAACGACUGCCGCAACGUAACCGAAGCAGAGGGCGGGACACACUGGUCUUUACUCGUCGUCUCAAUCGUAGACCGCGUUGCGUUCCAUUACGAUUCCUUACCACCGGGUAACAGAAUGGAAGCAGGCGCAAUAACCGCGAAAUUAGGCGCGUUAGUCAACCAACUUAUACGAUUUGUUCAUUUGGAAGAUGCGCCCCAGCAGGAGAAUAGUAGUGAUUGUGGCGUGUUUGUGUGUCUGAAUAUGAGAUAUCUUUUACUUGAUAGGAUCCUGAGGGCAAAUUCGCAUCAAAAGGUUAGUAUGAGUCUGGCUGGAAUGAGGGUUGAUGCGACGGCGGGAAGGAAGGAGAUUUUGAGGAUUAUUGAUGGGUUUAGGAAGGAGGGUGUGAGACGGAGAUCACAAAGCUCAAGUCCAUCGGAUCGACAUUCUAAUAGUCCUCCGCGGAUUGAUUAGUUGAUUUUGGGUUUAUUUCAUGCAUUGCCCUGGGUUUUUUGUCGAAGCACGGCGUUUGGUUAGGUUAUGGUAUCGAUGAAGAAUGAUAUACCAUGAAUACAAAUAUAAUCAUAGCAUGACAAAAGGGACAUGUUUUGAAUGAAGAUUUUACAGAAGAUCCUAAGUCUGGCUACGGAUUUGACGAGGUUUAUGUGAAUGGUAGAUAUAACUAGGUAACUUCCAGCCCUUUUGCAUACUGUAACCACGGAUAUGUAUUUCAAGUAUAGUUUGUACAGACCUCUUGUGUAUG